AUGGUUGUUCUACCCGAUCCCGCUAGCGACAAAUGGCCCUUCUUCGGACAUGUAUACUUACGACAAGAUUCCCUCCCUCCCACCCAUAGUCCGCGCCGUCAUAGGUCCCGCGAUGAAACUCUGCGUCUCUGGAACCUUUAUCUUCCUCUUGAGCCACAAAAAGACCAAUUUAAGUUUGUUCUCUUCCUGCAACGUCUCAUGACAAUGGUCGAAGAGCAUUAUCGCAAGCGCCAUCGUUCUGGAGAUUGGAAAGUCUCAAAACCAAUCGAAGAUUGGUAUCACCAAAGUAUCCGAGAUCUUUCCGGGUUAGGAAUCGAUGAGAAUCUCAUGAGUAGCGAGUGGAGAGAAGUAGUGCAGAAAGGAAAUCGAGAAGCAGCGAAAAAAGAAAGAAAAGAGCGUCGCUCAAAACACUGUUCGCGCGAACAUGAAAUGGUUAAAUGUAAUGGACGCUGCGGUCUUACGGCCUGUGUGGAAGAUGCCCAUCGUUGUCAUAAAAUAUACAUCGACUACGAAUGUACGGAUCCUGAUUGUGAAAAGUGUAAGAAAAUAAAGGAGAAACAGGAGGCGUGGGAAAAGAAGGUGGCGAAUCCUACGCAUGAGGAGAAGUGGGUGGAUUGUCCUUGUGAGAAUCCGUGGUGUAGAAGGAAGGUUAUGGAAAUUAAGGAGAUUCCGAAGCCGCCGAAGCCAAAAUUUUAUGCUACAAAGCCUUGA